UACGGACCACGGAGCACUGAUUACAACAUUCGUGGUGGAGCAAUAUCACAAUGCAUAUUAUUGGCUUAGUAGCCCUUUGCCUAGCGACCGCUGCGGCUGUCCCCACCGGUGGUCAGAGAAUAGUGGGUGGUUCAGUCACAACAAUCGACCAGUAUCCCACAAUCGCUGCACUCCUGUAUGCGUUUGAUUGGAUCAAUUCCCAUCACACCUGUGGUAGCAUCAUUAUUAAUAACCGAUCCGUGCUCACUGCCGCUCACUGCAUCGAGAAUGAAGCAGCUGGCAGGUUUAGAAUCCGCGUAGGUUCUUCUUUCCGAAGCAGUGGCGGUGUUGUCCAUAAUGUUAAUUUGAACAUCCUCCACCCUGCAUACAGCUCUAGAACUAUGGAUAGUGAUAUUGCUAUCCUUCGCUCCGCAACCGCUUUCUCCUUCAACAACAAUGUCCGCGCUGCCUCCAUCGCUGGUGCCAACUACUUCCCCGCUGACAACCAAGCUGUCUGGGCUGCUGGAUGGGGCGACACUUACUCUGGUUCCAGUGCGGGCUCUGAGCAACUCCGUCACGUUCAGAUGGUAGUUAUCAACCAGGAGAUAUGCAGACGUCAGUACGAAAAUUCUUUCUACUCAGUUAACGACAACAUGAUAUGUUCUGGCUGGCCCAACGGUGGGCGUGAUACUUGCCAACGUGACUCUGGUGGUCCAUUGUAUCAUAAUGGGGUCGUUGUUGGUGUCACCUCCUUUGGCAUGCGAUGUGCUGAUCCUAAUUAUGCAGGUGUUAGCGCUCGUGUAUCCCGUUUCUCAUCUUGGAUCUCUGCUAAUGCAUAAGACUGGUUUGUUUUAAUAAUAAAUGUCAUAUGAAAUU